UAUCAAUCGAUGAAUCACAUUGAAUAAUGAGUACGUUUUUCUAAUUGUAGAAUUUUCCCUUUCUUAACAUUGUCAUUGUCUCCAACCAUUUCAGCAGCAUCAGUAUAUUUUCUGUGCACACAGAGCGGCGAUUUUCCAGUAGUAGCCAUCAAUCUCAAGCCCAUGGUGGACAUUAACGCUUUCUCAAGCUCUUACUAGUGUAAGAGAAGUUGCAAGCUAACUAUCGAAAAGGACAGCAGGGAUGUUUUCUCUUAUGUAUGGGUUCUGGAACUACAUGUUUAGCAAGACCGAAUUCCAUGUUCUUAUUCUCGGUAUUGACAAGGCUGGAAAAACGAGUUUACUGGAAAAGUUGAAAGAACUAUACUUAAACUUGGAAGGUCUUCCACCUGACCGAAUUGUUCCAACAGUGGGGCUCAAUAUUGGCCGUAUUGAAGUUGGCAACACCAAACUUGUGUUCUGGGACUUGGGUGGCCAGCCUGGCCUGCGUUCAAUAUGGGAGAAAUAUUAUGAAGAAGCCCAUGCUGUCAUUUAUGUACUCGAUGCAAAUGCUCCAUCUCGUUUCGAAGAUUCAAAAUCUGCCCUAGAAAAGGUUCUCCGGCACCAGGAUUUGCAAGGUGCUCCCCUUCUGAUACUAGCUAACAAGCAGGAUCUUUCUUCAGCAGUUUCAGCUGAAGAAGUAGCUCGUUAUCUGGACCUGAAAAAACUGGAUGAAAGACUAUAUAUGUUUGAAGCUGUUUCAGGGUUUGAUGGUAGAGGGAUCAAGGGAAGUGUUGAUUGGCUCGUUAAUGCUAUGGAAAGAAGUAAAAGGUCUGAAAUGCUGAGAAGUCGUACGCCUGCUGUUUGAGAGAGAUUGGAAUCGAUAAAUAUUAUGAAUACGCUUCAUUGAAAUCUUUGUACAUAACUCAUAACCAAAUUUCUGGAUCAUCAAUUAGCAGGUGAUGAUAUCAAGAUUAGUCCCAAGAGGAUACUGUUAAUUCAUUUUUGUUUAGUUUAGAUCGUAGAAAGAUGAAUCCAUUUUAUUUUCUUUAAACUGACUGGUUUGUUUUCCCUCUUUGGAGAGCUGAAGAGUUCUACCUGUUAUCAUCUUGUUCCUUUUACCCCUUCA